AUGCGGCGAACGGACGCCCACCGACCGUCGCCACGCGAUGAGGAGAGUCGCCGGGAUCGUAGACGAAGCGAUGUCCCCCAGCUCUCCCGAGUCAGCUCCGCCGUCAACGCCCCCGUGUCGAGACGCAACGAUGUCGUCGAUGCUACUCGCUCUCCGGCGAGCUCGGUCAAAAGGACCAUCACACCCGCAGACGCAGGCCCGUUCACGAACGAACCAGAUAGCACGUCCCCCUCGGCGCCGGCGACGACGAGGGCAACACAUCACACCGGAGACCAAGGUCAGCUCUCCGAUAUCAAGGCCUUGGCCGACCUACUCGCUCAGCGCUCUCUUCAAUACCAGAGCAAGGUGGACGCGCAGAGGAGGCUCGAGCAGGCCAGAGCGCGGACCGAGAGGGACACGGCCUCAAACCAAGAGUUUUCCUCCCUGCGCCGCCUGCUCAAGAUGACGCAGAAGGAGUCGUGCCAGCAGAUAGCAAAUGCCAACACCAAGGGCGAUGAUCUGGACCGCAAAAUCCUCAACGCCUUCACGACCUUGAGGGAGAAGUUGGCCGCUGCCGACAAGGCCUCUGGGGCGCAGCAAAGCGGCCUCACCGCCGUCAACGACUCUCGACUGCAGGAGCUGGAAGCCUCGCUGGAGAAGAAGAUGGAGGACAAGCUGGCUAAUCGCAAGAGGAAGAUCGAUGACGAGCGGCAGACGGAGGAGGUGGACAUCAUCCGGCGCCUGGACUUGCAAGAGGGCAGGCACACGGACCUCGUACGCCGCCUAGAAGAUCAGGCCACCCGGAUGAAGGCGCUAGAAGAGAGCCACCAGACUGCGCAUGCAGACCUCAUACGUCGCCUGGAAGAGCAGGCCGAUAGGAUGAAGCAGAUGGAGGAGAGCCACAAAGAAGACCGGCUGCAGCUCAUGCGUCGCCUGGCGGAGCAGACCGGCGCGAUGAAACAGAUGGAGGCCGAUUACAGAGCCGAACAGACGAAGCUCACUAAACGCGUGGAGCAACAGGCAUCGUCGAUACAAUCCGUCAGGGACAAGAGCGCAUACCGGCAGACGGCACUUACUCAAAGCCUAGAGGAGCAAGCCUCCAUCGUACAACGAUAUCAAACGGAGCAGAACAACGCGGUUGGAGAGCUGCGUAAGCAUACCACCGAGGUGCAGACUAGAGUUCAGGAGCUACCGGUGGUCAAGCAGACUAUCCUAGACACCACGAGCAAAUUGGCCGACCUCUCUGGAAAGGUUGACAAGAUCGCCUCCUCAACUAAAGACAUAGGAGCUAAGGAGCUGGAGAUGCAAAUGUCCAUUCUACAAACCAUGUUCAAGUCGACCAUAGGCGACGUGCGUGCCAUAGAGGUGACUGUGUCCAGGCAGGGGGUAACGAUCGAGAGUAUCUCCACCGACGCCAAACAAGCCAAGGACGCGAUCAGACGUCUGCAGGAGAUGCAAGAUGAGCUCAAGCAGCAACUGCAAAAGCAACCUGCUGCUUCCGCCGCAGGUGCUUCCCCCCCACCCGCGCCUGCCGCCCAGCAGUCGGCACUGGCCCCCGAACGCAGACUGAUCCAGGAAAUGAUCGCGAACGGCCUCGAGGACUACGACGAGAAGUCCCGGGGCAAGUGGGAGCGCAUCAUGACUGGAUUCGAUAAAAUAAUGGACACCGAGACGGCCAACCGCAACAAGCUAGAGCGGGGAAUCAGCGCGUCGCUAGGCAUGCUGACGUCGCGCGUCGACGGCAUCGACAACUCCAUGCCCACGAAGCCGGGCUCGUUUGACUCGCGCAUCACGGCCGUCGAGACGUCCCUUCACCAGAUCAGGGGGCUCCACGACCGCGUCCAGGUCCUCGAGUCCCGCUUCGCGUCAAAGGUCGCCACGGACCUCCGCAUAGAAAAAGAUUUAUCAGCCCGCAUCAGCUACCUCAACCAGUGGCGCGACAACUUCUCGACAAACGACCUCGUCGACCGCAUGGUCUACCAUAUCGCCACCAACAUCCCCGGCGGCACGCACGCCCAGCUCAACAAGCUGGGCGACCGCGUGUCCGCCGUCGAGCGCCAGCUGCGUAGUGGUAGCAGUGUCGGCGAUGGCAUUAAAGACGGACACCCUGCCAAGAAGCGAAAGAUGACGGGGUCGGCCUCGCCGUCUGUGGCGUUGUCUGCGCCGCCCGCUCCCACUACCACUGAUAAUACCACUACCAAUGGACGCCCCUUAUAUGUACCCACUUCGUCUUAA